AUGGCCGAAUAUGGUCGCAUAGAUCCAUUUUCCUUCGCAGCAUCUCGAGAUAUUGAAAGCCCAGUUAGCAUUCGAAUAAUUGGCAUAGAUGGAGACGAGCGUCCCACGAAGUAUUCGACACUCCUCGAGAGACCUCAGGUCCGCCAUAUUGGCUCAAAUACGAGGUACAACGGUAGGGAAUAUAGCAUAAACAGUUCUUCCUCCGAGCUGUAUGUUACAGUUCAAGUCUGGGCCGGUUCCAAGGCUUUGACUGUACCUAUCCAGACAUCAUAUAAACCACCUCGUCUAGAAAGAAGAUGGAAUGAAUGGCUGCGGUUACCUAUUUCAUACAAGUCGAUUCCCGCCAACUCCCGUUUGGCCAUCACGAUAUGGGAUCUUUCACCGGACCCGAGCAAAGCCGAUCUUUGCCAUGCGACUCCAUUUGGAGGGACCACUCUUGCUUUGUUUGGCGACGACAACCAGGUUGUCAGAGGCCGGCAAAAGUGCUACAUCCAUAAAUACAAGUACGCUGAUGGAACUGACGACACGACAACACCUGCGGUUGUUGGAGGCAACGGAAAGGGAGCACCACAAUUGGCCAACUACACAGAAGAGCUAGAGAGAAUGGAGAGCUUAUUCAAGAAGCACGAGAUGGGCGAGAUACCCCGAGUAGAUUGGCUUGACCAGAUGGUAUUCAGGGGGUUUGAAAAGAAGGGGUUACAUGCCGCCAAGCUAUCAACAAAAUUGCGCCAGCAAGAUCACAAUGCGAAUGGCAGUGACGACAAAGAGGCGAAUGAUAUUCUAAACCACUCUCGUGGAGACACGCCGGACCCUUAUGUAUGCGUGCUCAAUGUUGAAUUGCCACGAUUCGACUUUCCUGUUGUCUUUGCAGAUCACGAAUACGAGCCUCCCCCAAUCUCAGCUCUACAGCCACUGUCUGCCUCGCAAAUUGUAGCGCAGAGACAACCUGAGGUCCAUUUUGGUCCUGGAAUCAAGGCCAUUGGCGAGAGCUCAGCGGACUUUGGCUCUCGUCUUGUGAUGACAUAUGAUCCUGAAGUAGGGCAGAGGGACAACCCGGCGGAAGCGAAACACAGACGCCUUUUCCGAAGUUCUCAUCGGCAUGGCAUACUCGACCGAGAUUUAAAGCCCAACGCAAAAGUUCGUGAUGAGCUAAAUGUUAUCAUGUCAUAUCCGCCAACACAUAUUCUAUCUCCGGAAGAGGCAGAUCUUGUUUGGAAGUUUAGAUACCACCUAACCAAAGACAAGCGAGGAUUGGCCAAGUUUGUCAAGUCUGUCAACUGGAACGAUCAAAGCGAACUGAAACAAGCCGUUCAAGUUCUUAGUCGCUGGACCGAGAUUGACGUAGACGACGCACUUGGGAUGCUAGGGCCGUCGUUUGAUAAUCCUACUGUUCGGUCGUAUGCUGUCAAUCGGUUACGAAAAGCUGACGACAAUGAGCUGCUCCUUUACCUACUUCAGCUCGUACAAGCUCUUAAAUAUGAGUACAUGUCAGUUGACUCAGAUGUGGAAAACAUUCAAGAUUCGCCGCUGGCACAAUUCUUAAUUCAACGCGCUGCGGCAAAUUUCAUGUUGGGCAACUAUUUCCACUGGUAUCUCAUGGUUGAAUGCGACGACUAUAGCCCAGAGCAGGACGUCCGCAAUCGAGAAAUAUAUCGCAAAGUUGCGUACGAGUUUAUGACGGAGCUCGUCAAGCAGCCAGAUGGUAACGAAUCUCGGAAGACGCUCCUUAGGCAGGCCGAACUCCUUGCUAUAUUGUCAAGGAUUGCAAACGACAUCAAGUUGUCAAGCGAUUCAAUUGCCAAAAAGACAGAACGAGUAAAGGCCUUUCUCGGAGAUCCAAAGAAUGAACUUAUGAGCAUUGACCCACCCCUGGCAAUGCCCCUUGACCCGUCUAUCAAGAUCAUCAGCGUCAUACCGGAUCAAGUCACGGUAUUCAAGUCAUCACUGAAUCCAAUCAAGUGUACCUUCAAAACCACGACGGGAAGCCAGUAUCCUAUCAUAUUCAAGCUCGGCGACGACCUAAGACAAGACCAACUGGUCAUUCAGAUUAUUACCUUGAUGGAUGAAUUACUCCAGAAGGAAAACCUUGAUCUGAAAUUGUCCCCUUAUAAAAUCUUAGCGACGAGCACGACGGCUGGUGCCUCUCAAUUUGUGCAAUCACAAAGUUUAUCAAGCAUUGUCAACAAAUUCAAGAACAACCCGGCCUUGGCCUACCUGAAGCACCAUAACCCGGACGAUAGACAGCCGCUCGGCGUUCGACAAGAUACCCUGGACACAUACGUCAAAUCAUGUGCGGGAUAUUGUGUUAUUACUUAUAUUCUUGGAGUUGGCGACAGGCAUCUUGACAACCUUUUGCUGGCCCCGGAUGGGCAUUUUUUCCAUGCUGACUUCGGAUACAUCCUUGGCCGCGACCCUAAGCCAUUUGCUCCUGUAAUGAAGCUCUCCAAAGAGAUGGUUGAUUGCAUGGGUGGAGUGCAGUCAGAACAUUAUAGACAGUUCAAGCAGUACUGCUUCUUAGCUUACACUGCACUGCGGAAAUCGUCGAAUCUAAUUCUCAAUCUGUUCAGCCUUAUGGUCCAUGCCAAUAUACCAGAUAUUCGACUUGAGCCGGACAAGGCCGUAUCAAAAGUGAGAGAGAGAUUUCAUCUUGAGAUGGGUGAAGAAGAAGCAAUUCGUUACUUUGAGAGGAUUAUUGAGGAUACUCUAACGGCGUUUGCACCUGUUGUUAUUGAUAAACUACACGAGUGGGCACAAGCUCUUAGAGCGUAG